ACGUAAAUUAAUAAUAAAACGCACCCCGCGAUUCACAAGAUCUGCCCCUUGUUAUUCCGUCAUUUUAAUUAACACACACAAAUUUCCCUCUAUUUCGUUAAUAUUCUCAAUUCCGAUUCCCUCCAGCCCCCACCCCCACCCACCCCUCUCCGGUAGUCCGACCCGUAUUUGUUCCUCCAUCGGACUUGGCACUGCGGUGGGCACAAGGGCUAAUUCUUGUUGAAUUUGGAAGCAUUGAUUUAAUUUAGAUGUGGAUUCAUCACGUUGCGCUAUUUUUGUUAUCAUUUCGAAAUUGAGGUGGUGCCCCCUGCAGCUUCUAAUUCUCUGUGAUGGAAUCGAUUUGGGCGAAUGAAGAUGGUGCCCCUGCUGUUUUUCAUUUGAUUUACGCCAUUUACUUCGCUUUUGGUUUCGUCCUCCUCAGAUUGUUGCUUGACAGAUUCGUAUUUCGUAGGCUAGCCAUUUUGUUGCUGCACCUGGGAACAACCCAUCCGAGGAACGAUGAGGCUACUAGAGGAAAAAUUGUUAAAUGCUGUGAAUCCAUGUGGAAAUUUGCUUAUUAUACCACUCUUGAGUUUUGUGUCCUAAAAGUUGCGUAUCAUGAGCCAUGGUUCCUAAAUGUGAAGGAAUAUUUCAGGGGUUGGCCAAAUCAAGAACUAACGUCUGGAAUUAAACUUAUCUAUAUGUGCCAAUGUGGGUUCUACCUCUACUCCAUUGCUGCUCUCCUUGUUUGGGAAACGCGACGGAAAGACUUUGCAGUAAUGAUGUCUCAUCACAUAGUCACAGUUAUUCUGAUUUCAUUCUCAUAUAUUUCAAGCUUCUUUCGAAUUGGGAUUGUUAUUCUUGCAUUACAUGAUGCAAGUGAUGUCUUUAUGGAGGCUGCCAAACUUUUUAAAUAUUCGGGGCAGGAGCUUGGAGCUAGCGUACUGUUUGGUUGUUUUGCUGUCUCCUGGCUUGUACUUAGGCUGUUUUUCUUUCCAUUUUGGGUCAUACGAUCCUCAAGCUAUUAUCUGUGUGAGGUCUUGAAGUUGUCAGAGGCAUAUGAUACAAUGUUAUACUACUUCUUCAACACAAUGCUCUUGACCUUACUUGUGUUCCACAUUUAUUGGUGGGUUCUCAUCUGUUCAAUGAUCAGGAGACAGUUGAACAAUAGAGGGCAAGUUGGGGAAGACAUAAGAUCUGAUUCGGAAGAUGAUGACUAAUUUUUGAAGACUGCACUCAGAUUCUUCAGUGGAAAAUGUGGUUGGAAUAUUUCAUCUGAGUUGUAGGUUUGCCUCUGCAUCUGAUCCAUUUCCCCCCAGUAGACAUAGCUUGACAUCUUCUACGCUUUUAUAGUCAACUAUACAUUUUUUGGGUGGUUUUGGUUAUAGAAAUAGAACUGGUAGCAUUAGAUGCGGGGAUAUUAUCAGUUUUAACUCGUCAUUACAUUUUUGUUGUACAAAAUAAUAGGUGUCUUCUUCUUGUAUAAUUGUCCCCUAAACAAGUAUUCAAAGCGAUUCAAGCAAACCAUCUUCACUUAUAAAUGCCUCGUUCUGUUGCUGCUGGA